AUGUCUUUGCCCAUGCGAGUGGUCCAAAUAUGCGUUGCCACGACUCGAAUAGUGGGGAAAGCUUUUGCGGAGGCGGGUAGACAGGCAAUCAAGAAUGCCAAACAAUCUCCACAAGCACUUUCCAGCGAUGUCGGAGGCGUAGGAAACGCUACUUCCGCCUCCCGCACUGACCAACUUACCCGACAACACCGAAUGACCCUCGAUGAAGCUCAACUAAUUCUCAAUGUCAAAAACGGCGAGACCUCUGAUAAAAUAUUACAGCACUAUGAACACUUGUUCAAAGCAAAUUCACCCCCACCACAAGCUAAGCAGCAAUCACCACACUCGCAUUAUAUCCAGUCAAAGGUUGUGCGCGCCCGCGAACGACUGGAAGCUGAACUCGAUAUUGUCAAAGAGCCUCCACCGGAAGUUGGCCAAGAUCCUCCACCCCCGACCUCGUAG